AAAGCCUCAAAACAUCACGCAUUAGCGAAUUACUCGACGGCGGCGGCUAGAGGUCCAAUUCGUCGCUUGAAAGAGAGUCAUAUCACCGCAGCAAGCCACAUCGGUAUAGUCGUCUAUCCCGUGGUCUGCUGUUGAAAUUAUCAUCAAUUUUGGUUCAAUUCCGUAAUCAAGUUAGAUUGUGAUUUCAGUGCGGACAGAAAGUGAAGAAGUUGGUUCUAAUUAGCAAAACAUUCGCAAUCAAUACAUUGUUGGAUAGUGCGAACAGUUUAGUUUGGUGACUAGUCAGCGUGAAGAUUGUUCUUUAAAUGGUGAAGAGUCUGAAGGAGAAAAUGAAUCGGUUCCAAAUACCGAACGACCUAAAGGACGAUCUCGUCUAUUGCCAGCGAUCUUUACGUCAUUUCGUCAAAGUGCAUCAGCUGCUGGCAUCGAAGUUGGCCAAUGGAUUAACGCAGAGUCAGGUUUCCAAGCUGAAGCGUUAUCUCCAGGAACUGGAGGCGGAAAUUAUCGACAUCGGAAAUGAGCAACAGCCCCUGGUUGGCGAACUGGACCGCCUCGUUCGCGAGUACAUCAAAGAAACGGCCGCCAAGGAGUUCAUCGACAUCGACCGCGAAAUGGCAAACGGGUUCGUCACACGCGCCCUUUCCGUGCAUUACGAGAUGUCCUUCAACACGAGGUACACGCCGAAAACGGUUAGUGAUCGUUUGACGGAAGCCCAGCUGGUUCAUAAGUACGAACUUGCUUCCUUCGAUGAGCCGCAGCCGAAGAAAGAAAAGGACGAAUCCCAAAGCAGCAGCGGUUCUUCAAUCUCGCCAACCACCACGCAUCCCUACAAUCAAAGACAAAUCUCGCUGCUCAAGCCGAAGGAGGAACGCGUGUGCUCCGCCAGCAGCAAGAAUCUCCCCCCAUUCAACAACAUAACUUUUUCAAACGCCAAGGCCAUGGUCAAUGAACAGGCACUCAAAAAGAUCGCACCGGAACGAAUCGCUGUCCCGAAGAAGCUCAUCAAGGUUCCACCGAAGAUCGAAAAUCUGCCGCGUCCUGUUGCCAAACUACCGGAAAUUGAUUGCUCCAACGUGAAGCAAGAAGAAGAUUACGAACCACAGGAACUGCCGGCCACCGUCGCCAAGAGUCGUAUGAAUUUGCUCCAGGCGCUGAACAAAGCCAAGAACAACAGCCUGAGCAUAAAGGCCGAACCGGAAGAGUCCCCGAAGCCAGUGGUUCCCACUUUCAGCGCUCGUCAAAAGCCCAUGCCCAAAACCAGGAGUGAUCCUUUGCCUGGAUCGAGCAAUAAGCGACCAUCAAGUGGAGCCUCAUCGGACUCUUCGCCGAACUCGCGCUCUUCCACGCCGCUCUCGGUCAAAGUAUCGGACGAUUCUUCAACCGAUCGUGUCCCGAUGCCCAUCGAGGAGUACUACGAACCGCAACCACUGCACAUUGACGAGCUGGAGCAGUCGGUGUUUUUGAAGUUCUUCGGACUGCUCACGCUGGAGGAGAGCAAAGCGCUCACCACAAGGAAGACCGAGCGCAAGCGCCGCAGCUGCAACAGCACCGAGCGGAAGGAUUUUCACUACGGAAAAAUCGACUACUAUGAGCAGCAAAUGACGCACAUCGCUCGGCGCCGGAAUAAACGACCGAUACUGUACUCGCCGCCGUCCACGCGGGGCGUUAAAAAGCGGCAGCACUUUGACCUGAUCGCUUCCAAUACGGGGGCAGGAUCAGCUCGAGCUGGGACGGGAACUGCGACGUCCGCAACAACCAGUCAACAGAAAGAUCAACAAGCACAGCAGCAGCAACAACAACAACAGCGGGUUGGAAGCGUAUCGACUGCGGAAGGAUCGAAGUCAGUGCUGGCCGAAUUGGAGAAUAAGAUUUGCAUUGUUUGUAACAAGUCAGGUUCAUCGGACAGUCUGAGCGCGUGUGUCUAUUGCUGCAACAUUUAUCAUUUGCGCUGCCACAGCAACAGUAUCUUCAACCCGCAGCUACUUCGCCAGCGGGACAACAUCUGCCCGGUCUGUCUGCAGAAAAGGCAACAGAUGGCCGUGGCGCUGCAGAACCAACAGCGGGAUCAAAUGCUGCGGAAACGAUUGCUUCGCCGCAAUGCGCAACAGCGGGCGCGCAAUGAGCGGCUCCAACAGCGGAUGAAUCUUCUGGAGCAGCAAUUCACGGCGAAGAAGGUGACUCGACGGAGACUACAGGACCAGGAGCGCACCACCCGGGACCAAAUCGCACAGUUGAUGAACUGCGUGCGAUCGUUGAGGCACGAACAGUGAUGAGUUCGUUUCAUCUUGAACCGCAGUAUGACUCGUCCAUUGUGCCGCCGGUACAAACAUUAUUGCGUAACGUUCUUCCACACCUUAAUUUUGGAUUUCAUUUUAUCCCUUUUUCCGUUUUGUUACAUUGUCUUUUUGCUGAUUUUUUUUUCGCAAGAAACUGCCACAUUUAGUUCUUAAUUAUGUUUAAUUAUUUAUAUAAAUAUCUGCAUUAUUGUUGCGGCCGUCGUUAAAUAAUGAAUGGCUGGCUUUGAGGAGAUUGAUAAAAUUUCUCGAUAUAUUUAUAAAGAUUGUAAUUUCAUCUGCUAGCAAUAAUCAUAUCGCCAGAAUGUAUUACUGAAUCAUACAAAAAUGUGAAUUGGAAAUAAAAGCAGUUAUGAUUAAUUGUAAA